AAAUCCCAAACCCUUCCCCCAAAAUUCAACAAUUCCAAUUCAAUCCGAAUCCAAUUCCCCAAAUUUCCAAAUCCUCUCUCCAGAAAUCGCCAUGGGCAACGCGGAGAAGCUGAUGCAGCAGAUCAUGGAUCUGAAAUUCACGUCGAAGAGCCUCCAGCGGCAGGCGCGGAAGUGCGAGAAGGAGGAGAAGGCGGAGAAACUGAAGGUGAAGAAGGCGAUCGAGAAGGGCAACAUGGACGGCGCCCGGAUCUACGCCGAGAACUCGAUCCGCAAGCGCAACGAGCAGAUGAAUUACCUCCGCCUCUCCUCCCGCCUCGACGCCGUCGUCGCGCGCCUCGACACGCAGGCGAAGAUGACCUCGAUCAGCAAGUCCAUGGGCAGCAUCGUCAAAUCGCUCGAGUCCACGCUCGCCACCGGCAACCUGCAGAAGAUGUCCGAGACGAUGGACCAGUUCGAGCGCCAGUUCGUCAACAUGGAGGUGCAGGCCGAGUUCAUGGAGAGCUCCAUGGCUGGAAGCACCUCGCUCUCGACUCCCGAGGGCGAGGUCAACAGCCUCAUGCAGCAGGUCGCCGACGAUUACGGCCUCGAGGUGUCGGUCGGCCUCCCGCAGGCCGCGGCGCACGCCGUCGCCGUGAAGAGCAGCGAGAAGGUCGACGAGGACGAUCUCACCAGGCGCCUCGCCGAGCUCAAGGCGCGUGGUUAGGGUUUUCAGCUGGUUUGAUGAUUCUUCUCGCCUAGGCUUUUUCUAUACCGAUUUUGCUUAGGUUUUGAUGCUCUAUCUCUGUGAUUUACUACUAUUAAGGCGUGGAUUUCUCCAGUUUAUGUGUAUAAUUUCUCUCUAAUCAAUCAAAUCUGUGUUCUUAUUUA